UAGAAAAAAGUACCAAAAUAGGAGUUCCAUGUUUUUAUUCCCAAAAUAAGACUUCACAUUGUGGUAAUAUGCAGUGGCGGACCCAAGAAUUUCGAGGAGUGGGUUCACAUUUUGUGCACAAAAAAUGUUGAUAUUUGUAUAACAAUAAAUUUAAAAUCUUAAAGAACAUAAGAGAAGGAUGGCAGGUGAAUCUUCUUCCCUUACAGAGAGGGAAGAGUUCAAGAAGAAAGGUAAGCUGCAAGGAUCCGUAAUCCGCAGGUUCGGCUCCAACAAGCCAUCAUCAUCUUCUUCGAAGCCAAAACGUUCGUCGCGUUUUUGUUGCGUUUAUAUCAAUCCAUCAAGUUCAAGUGGUAGUUCAACCCCAGAGAAGCAAAGCCCAGUGGCACAACUACAGAUGCCAGACUUCACUAUGGCCAGCCCAUCAUCACCCUGUCAUGAUAAUAAAACAGCCUAUUAUGAUCAGUCUGCAUCUCUUGAUCAGGCUGAUUCUUCAGAUUCAAGAUCAGUGAAAGAGGAGGACGAAAUCAAAAAGGUGGAGAACUUCGGGAGCUCGGGGUCUUUCAGGAGAAAGGGGAGAUCAAGAAACAUGAAGCAAGCUAAGCCUUUAUCUGAUGAAGAUUCAGCAACAGGAUCAGAAACUUCUGCAACUGAUGAUAUAGAGGGAAAGAAGGGAACUUCCCAGGCAAGUCUUGACAACUUUUCUGAGUCUACUAGCUUUGGUGUUAGUGGUCAUUCUCAAGAAAUUUUAGGAUCGUCUGAUCGGAAAUCUUUGGAAACUUUAAUGAGGACAUCUAGCUUGAGGGACAGUUUCAAGUCCAAGAGGAAGCCUUCUUUUCGUUAUUCUAGGAGGGUCCCUAAGGUCAAAAUUGCAGAUAAGGCUACUUGUUCUUCCACAAUGAGGAACUCAAAGUUCCCUGAAAAUACCGCACUGAAACCGGGGAAAUCUGAUUCAGAUGUGCUCCAAGCUUAUAAAGUUUGUUCCUAUCAUCAUUGUUCUCUUCAUGGGCAUUCUCAAGAUUCAUCGACUCCAUCAAAGCGCCAUGAUGCGAGGAGAAAAUCAAUAAAACUGAAGAAAAACAUCAAACAGGUUAAAGAAACUGAAAUUGAUGGAGAUCUGGAUUCCGAAUCAUCCAACAAGACCGUUCAUCAACCUGAGACUGAGAAGGAAAAGCGUAUGAGCAUGUGGAACCUCAUACGUAGAAACAUGUCUUCGGCUCUUGCUGCAGAACCCAGAAACCAAUUGCCUGCACCAGAAGGUUCUGGAUUAAAAGCUGAUUCUCUUGAAGAAGAAAUGCCCACUUUGGAUCAGGGUGUGAAGGUUCUUGCAGUUAAGCUUGUACGAGAAGCAAUAGAGAAGAUUCUCCUUCCAGAGGUUAGUGACUUUGCACCAGACCAAGAAAUACUGGGAAAGAAUCACAGUGAAGUGGAACACAAUGCACCGUCUGGUUCAGAAGAGAUGAACACCAUGAUUGCUAGCAGCAGCGAAGGUCAAAAUACGGAGAGAACGAAAGAAGAGGUUCCUAAUGAAUCUGACACAAGAGCACCAAAACACUGGAGUAAUCUGAAGAAAUGGAUUCUGCUCCAACGGUUUACCAAGGAACUGGAAAGGGUGAGAAAGCUAAACAAGAAGAAACCAAGAAAUGUGCAGGUGGAACUUGAUUUCGAAGUAGAAAAGGUUCAUCUGAGGCACCAAACUGUGGAGGAGAAGAAACUGCGAGAGGAGUGGAUGAUUGAUUAUGCACUUCAGCAAGCAAUGAGUCAACUUGCCCCAAAUCAGAAAAGAAAGGUGGAACUUCUUGUAAAGGCAUUUGAAACCAUGGUUCCUCCACAGGGAGAUCAGCAAUUUCAGUUCACAUUCCCCAGGCAUGAAAGAAAAGGCAAAAAUCACCCUCUCAUCGAACGCGAAAGCGAUAUGAAAUCGGAUACAGAACCUGAGCAACAACUUGAUAAACUAAACAUUAAAAGCGAAGCAGGUAUGAAAGCAGCAACAGAAUCUGAGCAAUUGCCUGGUGGACUCCAUGGAGGAUAUCCUAAAGAUGUUGGUACAGGAAAUGAACCGUUGGGAAACCGAAACUACAUAAAAAUGUGGCAUAUGGUAUCCCAACACGUUCUCUCAGGCAUUGCAUCAAACACUAAGAGUUUACUACUUGGUGAGGCAGAUAAUGAUCCAGAAGAAAGCAUCACCACUGCAGAAAAAGAUGAUCUUGAUUCAAGAAGUUUCAGUAGAGACGACGCGAUCAAACUCGUUAAAGAAGCAGUUAAUGAGAUCCUCACCACACAAAUUCAAGAUGAUUCUUUAGACACAGGGCCAGAUCACACUAUCUUGAAUCUGGGUGAGAAACGUUUGGAAGAAUGCAAGCUGGGAACAGAAAGAAAAGAUCCAAGAAAUGAUAAUCUCACUGAAAACAAGGGGAUGGGAGAAUCAUCACUAGGCAAUGAACAAGAAGAAGACAACCCGGAGUUGCACAAACCCAAUAAGUGGAUCAAGCUGAGAAAGCUUCUCGUUCUGAAGAGAUCAAUCAUGGCCCUGGAAAAUGCCAGGAAAAUCAAAUUGCAGAAACCACAGAACCUCCCAAUGGAGCCUGAUCCAGAACCAGAAAAGCAUGAUCUGCGGCAUCAAAUGAUGGAUGAGAGGAAAAAGGCGCAUCAAUGGAUGCUUGAUUACGCAGUGCAGCAUAUUGUGACUAAACUAACUCCUGCGAGGAAAAAGAGGGUGGCAAUGCUAGUGGAAGCUUUUGAAGCUGUUGUUCCAUUGCCGGAGGCAGUAAGCCACUGAAAAGCACUCCUUUGUAAUCAAGAAUUAUGGUUUUGAACUUUCAAAAAAACAAAAAAAAAUGGUUUUGAUGUUUUGUUUGUCUACAAAUAUGUUUGUAACUUAAACAGUACAAGUCGAUUGAGCUCCAAUGGGAUUUUUUGUCAAUAAUCUAUGGGUUCCGCA